AUGCACCGAUAUUUAGUUGCGCUGCAGCUGGCUUUCUGCUUAUUUCCUCUCGUCUCCAGUUACACUUGGUCCUUCACUACCACACCCCAGCAAUGUGCCACCUUAUCCCUACAGAUAUCUGGCUCUGGCUCUCCUCCAUACAGCGUUCUAGUCAUUCCAUAUGGUCCAACGCCUCUCCCGAAUAACACAGAGGUCCGCACCAUCGUGUAUCAACAAUUUGAUGGUAGCUCCACCACUACCAGCUUCCAGCUCAAAUACCCGUCCACAUCCCAGUUCGUCGCCGUGGUCAGCGAUAGCACUGGUUUUGGAUCUGGUGGGACUAGCGUUGCUGCUUCAGUGAUGAGCAGUAGUGACAGUAGCUGCUUUAACCCAAAUACAACCGUCACGCCAGAUUUCCCAUUCAACAUAUACCCCACCAACCAGGUCGUCCAAUGCAACGCAAGUAGAUUGUGGUGGGACCCUACUCAAGUCGAAGGCACUCCAUCCUUCCAGGGUGUCAUUCCUGGUGGACAAUCCUUUUCAAUUCCCGAAGGCCAGAUAACACAGGUAUCCAACGAGGGUACUGGGUUUAGCUGGAUACCCUCUGUCCGCGAAGGCUCCACACUUAUCGUAGUUGCCGGUGACGACCGUGGGCUUGGUACAGGAGGAAGCGGGUUGUAUACUGUCUCACAAGGCAUAUAUCCAAACAGCUCAUGUUUGACCACCACCUCGCCCUCAUCCACUAUCGGUUCUCCCGCAGGUGGCACAUACCCAACUAACGCCAGCGGUGCAGAAACCACCGGUGGCACUAGCAGCAGCAGGACAGCUAUUUUUAACCAUCUCCACGACAGCAAAACCAAUGUCGGCGCUAUAGUUGGUGGCGUUAUCGGCGGCCUUGCUGCACUCAUCAUCCUUGCGCUCGCAGGGUUUUACUUUAUCCGUCGCAGAACCGCCGCCAAGGUCACCAAGGAACGUCCCGUCGACCUCCUUCAAGGUGAUCCAGAAGAUGAUCGUGAUCCAACGUCCAAUGAUCUCGGGAAUUACUACCGUCCUGAACCCUUCCUCGCCACUGAACCGACAGAAACGUCUUCUAUGUAUGGACGUGAGGAGGGUGGAGCCGGCACAGUCACGUCAGGUUCACGUUACGGCACCUCGGAUCGUAGACAGUCUGCACUGGGGAGUUUUAGCGAUAUGCGAUCUGCGACGCCUGACUAUGAAAUGGGACUCACUGGUAGUACUACUAUCCCAAACAGCUCUCGCAAAUCUCCCAUGCCAAGACAGCUCCGGCCUGUUAACAUUAUUCAGCACGACGACGCAGGCGCUGCGGACACCGUUGAGCUUCCCCCUGCAUAUACUAAUAUUCGAAAACCAGAUACAAAUUGA